ACAAAUCAAUCAUCUCUGACCAAUCAGUGCCUUGAAAUGAUCAAUUAUGGGGAUGGAAGAGAUCGAUGGCUGAUCCAUUUUAGUUCCCUACGAAUCUAGAUGCUCGUUGAUUCCCGAUCAAUGAAAUGUAUUGGACAAUAUUGUUUUCUUUUGGUUAUGGUUCGAUGCUUGGAGAAAUGGAAUGAGACAUGUGGCAAUGGAUGCAGUUCAACAGAUGUGUCAGAUUGAGCGGUACUUGGGGAUGACUUAGGUGCAUGAGAUGAUUGACUUAAGUCAUGUGUGUUGUGUUCAUGCCUCUUGUUUAAAAGUCAGGAGUAAUAAAUAAUAGUAGCUUUAAUUUUUUUAAAAGUCUGUUGAAGGACUAUUUCACGCAUUGUAAGAAAAGGACAGCAACUCCUGAUCGGUUCCAUAGAAACAAAACUUGAUGAUUGACAGCAGGUCCAUGUCUGGAUUGUCUCCUCUUUUUGUUGUCUGCUGCCUCCUGACCCUGACAGUGACCAGCCAACAAGCAGUGUCCACCACACCGCAGUCCACUACAGACAGUGGACCAAGUGGGAUUGAGAAGCAAGUGCUGGGACCUUUAAGAGUUUGGCAUAUAGUGGCCAUUGUGUGUACCGUUGUUCUAACAGGAUUGGUGAUAUUUUGUUACUGCUAUGACUACCGCAUACCCAGAAGUCGGACAGAGAUUGAAGAGAAUCACAAGAAAAGACAAAUGAACAAGAAAUACUUAUUUCUGUUGGAAAAGCGACCUGAUGAUGUAUUGACGAAACCAAAAGAUCCUCCAGUUCUAUCAUUGCACACGAGAACCACUGCUCCCAAAACUAUCAGCUCCAGCAAUGCAAGACCUAAUGCAACCAACAAUGUAAGAGCCGCUGCUCAGAAGAAAGCACCCAACACCAGGAGUGACGCUUUGAACAAAGUCCGCAACGCAGUCAGGGCCACCUCCCACAGCAAAUCCGCAACCGAGAGCAACGCCAGGUCGAUCAGGUCUAGAGAAGACCCAGAUUACUUCAGCAGCGCUGUGAAACCGAGACCCAAAACAGGUCUGGAGACGCCGCUGGCCUCGCACCCAAAAGAUCUGUUGUCUCUGAUGAACCAGAUGAAGAAAAAGCCAGCCGCAGCCAGGCAGGAUUAAAAAGACCAACGAUUCUUGACGCCUAUGUUAUAAGGAACGUGGUUGUUUAGGGACGGAUUAGUUUCAUCUAUAUCGUUUAGGUCAUAUAGUGGCACUGCCGAGAUGGACCAUUGAAGUCAAGCUGAAUAUUCAUUUGUUCGUACCAUUAAAACUAUCUUAUCUUACACACAAGAGAACAGUUUUUGUAGUGUAAUCUAAAUCUAGUUUUACGACAUUCAACGUUAAAAAAAGAAAAUGAUCUUGUUGUCGUAGUAUCACACUAGAGACAAGGAGACUUUACAACAUUGACGUUCGCUGGACAAUGCUGAGACUGGACAGUAUUGAGUCUGGACAGUGAUGAGACUGGACAGUACUGAGACUGGACAGUACUGAGACUGGACAGUACUGAGACUGGACAGUGAUUAUAGAAAAUAAGUGUUGCUCAAUGCAACGUUUGGUGCCCAAGAAACUAAUCUCAUGUCCGAGUCUUGCAGGACAGGGGAUAUUAGAAAAUGGCGAGAUAUAAAUUCCAAGCUAUGUUGUAAACAAAGUUACAAAGACAGUUUGUGUGGAAACACAAACUCAAAAUCGGCCCCCGAAGUGGUCCACCCAGGAAGGUAAAAAGGCAGGUUUCAAUAUUUUCAAAAAGGAAAUUCUAUCAAAGAAAAUUGACAGAGAAAAAUGGAGAAAGAAGGUUGGCAGAUCUUGUGUGGUGCCCCAACGGUCCCGCAGACCAAGGGAUAGGGAAAAUGAAGGCAAAGUUAGAUGUGAACCUGGCCUAACUGAUGUUAUAUACUGAAUUGAUCUAAUUGUUUUGCAAAGGGUCAAUCUCUUAUUCAAAGCCUAAAGAAAAAAAACGGAAAUAAAACAAAACCACCUUUAGUUAAGUGUCCUGUGUACACCUUAACACGCUGCAGUUCAUGCGAUAAUAUGAUAAACUACUUAUUAAUUGUUGUUUUAAAUUAUGUUCCAUGAGAGAGAGAGAGGGGGGGGUCGUUCAAAUUCAAGUUUAAAAUCUAAAUGGGAGGGCAUUACUAUACGCCAAAAAAAUGAGGUGAAU